GGGAGAUGGGGUGUCGCUUCCUCGUACCAGGACUCCUCAGUAUUUUAUAAGCGAUGUCCAUGUCGUGCUUCCUCCAGUGAUAAUCGAACUCGAGGCGAUAAAUAUGAAGAUCGGGAUUUAUCGGAGCGACCCACAAAAAUAGGAGAGAGAAACUUUUGUCAUCAGCAGAGUGCAAGAUAAAGAUUCUUUCUUUCAGAAACAAAGGAGCGUAUACUUCUCGUUCUCCACUAAAAACCAGCUUCAGAAUGUGAAUAUCCAUUAGCGCACCUUGCCGAUCAUCAAUAUCCAGCAAGUAGCGACAUGGAUACGAUAAUUUCACGCUUUUUCGUUUAUGUCCAAUUCCAAAAGUAGUUUUCCGAUUAUAGGCUUGCCUGAGUUUUUUUUUGUUAGUCUCACUUGUUCACUCUCAGUUUUCAGUAGUGCUUUACCUGAAGUCGUCGUUUUCUCCAUUUUGCGUUAAGUACUUAUCCACACUGCGUACUAGAGGAAAAAUGAAGCGCGCUUCUCGAGCAAUGAGCAACAAGGAUGGCGGCGACGAUGACAGAGAUCAUCUCAGUGGGCAAGAUCGCAAGUUGACGGAUAGCGAUGAUGAACCUCUGAUGAAGGUUGCGAAGGCUGAAAAAGAACCUGCUCCCAAGAAGGAAGUUGAGGCGCCUUCCGCCAACGGCGCGCCCGCUAAGAAAAAGAAGAAGUCAUCUGCCUCCGCUCCCCUACCUGCAUUUAUUUCUUUGGCGGAAAAUCCCAAGCUGAAAAUCAAAAAGGGUUUGCCGACAGUCGGUAGUACGACAGGAACAUCAAAUGGUGGCUUAGGACGAGUUGGUGUGCAAGACAAUUUUUCCCAUCUAGGAGAAGGCACUGCUAGUAGAGGGAAAAACGGAACCUCGUCUGACGAUGCUUUGCCGGUGAAAAACAAUGGAAGUAGUGCUAGCGCGACUGCAAGCAUGGACAAGAAUAAGAAUGGGAGUAGUUGUGCAAGUGCUGCAGCAAGUAGUGCCGCUGCAACUUUAGGAGCAACUACAGGUACUGGUGGUCCUGCUGCACCGGUUGUAAACACUAGCAGCACUCCGUUUUACGAGCGGCCUGCUUACCUUGAUCGGCUUACGCCUGCACAGAGGGCGCUACGGGAAGUGCGCGCGAAUUUCUUGUACCGGGAGUUGCAGUUCGUAGAUGCCGAAGAAGCUGACUGGCGCUUAGAGAAUGAAGUUUUAGCGUAUAACCCCAGUGUGAUGGCUAAGCGUGCAGGCGAGUUGAGUCCGAGGACCGCUGCGCAGCGUGGCAUCCAGAAAAUCACGAAGACCAGCGGCCGUGCAAUGAAGCAGGACCUAGUUGCUCGCAUUCUCUGUCGCUGGUGGUACGCUUUUCCGGAGAACGUGAUUACGGAAGCCGAGCAGCGAGAACGCAGUCGCGCUGGGCUGGAGCUGCAAGGCUUGACAGAGCUGUCCCUUUCCGAGUUCUGGAGCAAAUUCGGAGAGCACGCCGCUGGCGCUGACGAAGCCUCUGACAAUAGUGCUCGCGGAGGUGGAAAGGCGGAGAAAGCAGCGCGAAAACUCGGUUUUAGCGAUGAAGAUGCAGCUAAAAACGCUGACGGUGAGUCAAUAAAUGGAGAGCCAACUUCGAGCGCCGAGAAGGGCAAGAAAGAGAUGAAAAAGGGCGGCAAGAAAAGAUCAUCUGUCGCUAGCAGUGCAAAAGCAGAUCAAGAUGAAGCGGAUGGGGACCGAACGAAGUUCGUGUAUUCUUUGAGUCAGUUUCCUGGUGUAUUCCGAAAUUGCGAAAACGAGCUGUUUGAUUUCCGGCCGCAGCCCCGCAUCUGCUACGCGUUCCUGGAGCGGAAGCCAGAAGCCGAGCUACGCCGCAUUCUCAAAAAAGCACUGGAAGCGCAGAAAAUGGCUCUAGAGCUUAAAAUGCAAAACGAAAACAGGUGGAGCUACCCAUACGAUCGUGCGCUCAUCCUUGAUUUGGAAGGGCAAAUACGGGAUCUGAGAAAUAGCUAGAAGGGAGGAUGUGGAGGAUCGAUUCAUUAUAAGGAUUUUACUACAUCGCUCUCGCGUUGGACUUGCCUUUUUGUCAAGCUGGCACGCAGUGGUCAAGUAGAAAGUGAAUUUCGAGCAUACAACAUGGGUUUUCCGUCCUUUUUUGAUUUUUUACUUUUUAACCUGUACAGAAGUAGCGCGCAUGCUGCACAAACCAAGAUGAGAAUCCUUCAGCAUGCGCGUCAUCAAAUAGCAAUGGUAAUAUACGGCGCGAUCGAAGAGUUUGGCGCUGUUCUCCGCAUGUGAAAAAUGGGUCGUUAUCUUCGUCUGGUAACUUCUCGGGGCAGCGGUUUUGAGAGCAAAACAGAUAGUCCGGGAGCCACCUGUAGUCAUUUUCAAAUUGAACAAAAAUUUGCAAUCCCUUUUUUUUUAGUAUACCAUCGCUUGACAAGAUGGGAGCAUGAUCGUUGGG